CCUAGCCUCUACACAUAUACCGCGACGUCGCGACCUGCCAUACAUUGUACAUGUGGCGAGUGAAGCUCAAAUAUUAAUGCUGCUUGAGCGAGAACUUUCAAGUUUAACUUUGGAAAGGUGUAAAAGGAUAGAUCUAUCAAGUGAUUUGACAAACAAUUGUGACGUCUUGGAGAUAUUUGCCAGAUUAUGGCAGAACCUGCCCCUAUAGUCAACGGAGUGGACAACCCGCAUCCCUUACCCAUCAACGGUGCUGAUGAUGGCGCAGGCAGCAGCGGAGAUGUGACCCCAAACAGUGAGGACAGCGGCGUGGACUGUAUGCAUGUCGAUGCAUUAGAACUCAAGGAGGCGGUUGCUAAUGGCAACAGCAGGAGAGAUGCUGUAGAGGAGGAAGGGAAGGAGGAAGGAACAGAGGAAGAGAAGAAGGAUGCAAAGGUUGAAGAUGUGAUUGUGAUCCAGGAUGCAGCAUUCAUGGUGAAGCUUGUGCCUCCGUCUGGUGAACCGUUUGAACUUCAGGUGAGUCCACAAGAGAUGGUCCAGGAGAUUCAUCAAGUAUUGAUGGACCGUGAAGACACCUGCCAUCGGACUUGCUUUUCCCUUCAGCUUGAUGGCAAUGUCCUGGACAACUUUGCUGAACUCAAGAACAUUGAAGGACUCAAAGAUGGCUCCAUUAUCAAAGUUGUUGAAGAGCCCUACACAGUACGUGAAGCCCGGAUACAUGUCCGCCAUGUUAGAGAUCUGCUCAAGUCUCUGGAUCCUUCAGAUGCUUACAAUGGUGUGGACUGCCAAUCUCUCUCAUUCUUAUCCACAGUCCUCAGUGAAGUCGACCGGAAGCGCAGCAAAUCCUCAGCGGCAUCAGACGUGGUGGACUGCACACCUCCAGAGUUCAUCAUGCCAUCAUCCAAAGAGCGCCCCCUGUUGCCGAUGCAGCCAGCAUUUAAGGAGAACAACCGGUCUUUGAGUUGCCUCAAGGUGUUGACUCUGUCGGGAUGGAAUCCUCCCCCUGGGACGAGAAGGAUGCAUGGUGAUCUGAUGUACCUGUAUGUUGUGUGCUCAGAAGGAACAUCAUACCAUCUCACAGCAUCAACACGAGGCUUCUAUAUCAAUCAAUCGACCCAGGAAGUGUUCAACCCCAAACCAGCCGACCAGAAGCACCUAUCUCAUUCCCUAAUUGAACUACUCAACAAAGUCAGUCCAAGCUUCAAGAAAAACUUUGCUCAACUCCUCAAGAAAAGAUCUCAACGGCACCCGUUUGAGAGGGUACCCACCCCAUUCCAGGUCUACUCAUGGUUAGCCCCUCAGAUGGAACACACUGUGGACUCCAUAAGGGCAGAAGAUGCUUACACAUCAAGACUCGGCUACGAAGAGCACAUCCCGGGCCAGACCAGGGACUGGAACGAAGAGAUCCAGACCACGAGGGAACUAGCCCGUAAGAACCUUCCAGAGCGACUCCUCAGAGAGAGGGCGAUCUUCAAGGUCCAUAGUGACUUUGUAGCGGCCGCAACAAGAGGAGCCAUGGCAGUCAUUGAUGGCAAUGUCAUGGCUAUUAACCCUGGUGAAGACUCAAAAAUGCAGAUGUUCAUCUGGAACAAUAUUUUCUUCAGUCUUGGUUUUGAUGUCAGGGAUCAUUACAAAGAUUUUGGUGGGGAUCAUGCUGCAUACGUAGCUCCUGGCAAUGAUCUGAAAGGUGUGAAAGCCUACAACACGUAUGACCUGGAUGGUUUGUACACACUAGGCACAGUGGUCGUUGAUUACCGUGGUUACCGCAUCACUGCUCAGUCCAUCAUUCCUGGUAUUCUAGAGAGGGAGCAGGAAGAAUCCGUCAUCUACGGCUCCAUCGAUUUCGGCAAGACGGUGGUCACCAACGAUAAAUACAAAGAGCUCUUGACCAAGACAUCCCAACAUCUGAAGAUCUUACCUCACAAUGUAAUGAACCAUAAAGAUGAAGAGAUUGAGAUCUACUCAUCAAUAGAAUGCAAGGGUAUCAAGGGUAAUGAUGGUCGUCACUAUGUACUAGAUCUUCUAAGAACCUUCCCUCCUGAUGUCAACUUCCUGCAGAUGGAGGCUGAAGACUUUGCAGAAGACAUGAAGAAAUCAGGAUUCCCAAGGCAACACAGACACAAGUUAGCCUGUCUGAGACAAGAAGUAGUGGAUGCUUUUGUAGAACACAGAUACAUGGUCUUCAUCAGACAUGCGGCACUCAUGCUCAUGCACAACCAGCAGCCACAAGAGGGCGCUAAACUUACUGAAAAUGGACAGUCCGAGGGUGAAAACCCUCAACCAAAGGAAGAGAAAGAAACAAGCUCAGACCUCAAAGAGAACAGUGAAUCAAAAGACAAAAUGGUGAAUGGAAAUCAUGAAAGCAAGAAGAAUAAAGAGAAGGAGGUGGAAGAUGGCAAGAAGGAGGAUUCCAAGAAGGAAAGCAAUGAAUCGAUAGUUGAUGGAAUGAAGACCAAAGGACUAGUUGAUAAAUGCCCUGUGCUCAAGAAUAUGGAUUCCACAGAAGGCAAUGAUUUGCCCAAGGAACUGGACAGUGCUACAGAAGAAGCAGCCAAAGCAUUAGCAACAUCACCCAAGAAAGAAGGAUUUGAUCCGAGCCAUAAAGAGGUGAUAGCUUUAGCUGCCCAGGCUGCUGGUUCAUUGAGCAGUGCUGAGUUUGACGUUAGAUUUAACCCUGAUGUCUAUGCUGAUGGAGUCAUCCAUGCCCCAUCUGAGGUGGAGGUAUUAGGAAAACAAAGGAAGCUACUAAAGGAUGCAGCUCGUUUCAUAGUAGCGGUCCAGAUUCCAACUUUUGUCCAGGAAUGUAAGGAGCACAGCAUAGCCCCCCUUGAUGGGUACACACUGGUAGAAAUGCUACAUCAGAGAGGCAUCAACAUUCGCUAUAUGGGUGUUUUAGCAGAGAAGGUAGUCGCCUGUGAAAAUCUAUCCUACCUCUAUCGUAUUGUUAUCACCGAGUUGAUAUGUCGGUCAGUGAAGCAUGUUUUCAAAGCGUUCAUGCAAGGCAUCCCAAUGACGAGCCUAUCUGCUGCCAUCAGUCAUUUCCUCAACUGUUUCUUGUCAUCCCUACCAAACCCACUUCCACCGAAAGGAGAUGAUGAGUUGAGUAAUGGUCAUCACAAGAAGAAGAAGAAUAAGAAGAGGAUACGAUAUGUUCUUUCACUUGGACAAGAAAACACAUCAUGGAGUAGUCUCACCCCCUCAGACCUGUGGAGCAGUAUCAAGGUUGAAUGCAAGGAAUACUUCCAUUAUAAGGUUAAAUGUGAAAGCAUAGACUCUGUCAUAGAGCGUUACAACCUUCAGAAGAUGACUCUUCUCAGGGAGUUCUGCUCCAAGCUUGGAAUCCAGCUACUCUUGAGAGAUUACGACCUGGACUCCAAGAACAAGCCGCCCUUCAAUGAGAAUGACAUCCUAAACAUGUUCCCACGGGUCAAGCACAUCAAUCCUACCGCAUCGGACGCCUAUCACUUCUUCCAGAGUGGACAGACCAAGAUACAGCAAGGCUGCUUCCGUGAAGGCUUUGAGCUGAUCAGCGAAGCUCUGAACCUGUUCAACAAUGUAUACGGACCUAUGCACCCAGAGAUUGCAGCCUGCAUGCGAACCUUGGCCAGACUGCACUACCUGAUGGGUGAGCAGAGUGAAGCCAUUGAGAUGCAACACAAGGCAGUCAUGAUGAGCGAGAGAUGUAACGGUCUUGAUCACCCCAACACCAUCACAGAAUAUAUGCAUCUGGCCCUCUACAGGUUUGCAGCCGGCCAGGCAGUGAGUGCCCUCAAGCUGAUGUACAGGGCUCGUUAUCUAACGCUUCUUAUCCACGGCGAGGAUCAUCCUGAAAUGGCUCUCUUCGAUAGUAAUAUUGGUCUAGUUCUUCAUGGCGUUAAUCAGUUUGAGCUGGCUCUCAAGUUUCUGGAGAAGGCCUUGGAGACAAACAUCAAGUACUUUGGAGCUAAGAGUCUAAAGGCAGCACACACAUACCACCUUGUUGCAAGAACGCAUUCGUGCUGUGGUGAUUUCCGCUCAGCAUUACGAAAUGAGAAGGAUGCAUACACUAUCUAUCGCGAACAGUUUGGUGAUAAUCAUGAGAAGACAAAGGAGAGUUCAGAAUGUCUGAGUUACCUCACACAACAAGCCGUUACUCUUCAAAAAACAAUGAAUGAGAUCAAACGAGGUGGUCCUAAGGCAGCAUUACGUCCUAUUCCUAUCAGUCAUCCAUCCAUGAGCAGUGUGCUUGAAACCCUCAAUAUGAUCAAUGGAAUAUUCCUUAUUCCAGUCAGCAUCAGAGGUAUUCAGAAAGCAACUGUCACAGAAGCGCAGCCUGAAAACAAAGAAGAAGCCACAGUGACCAACCCCACCGAGAAAGUGGAAGAUCCCGCCAGCCCGCCCCCAGAGUCCCAACCAGCAGCAGACGCAUCCCCUGCUCCUCAGGAAGUGGCAAGAUAACAAUACGAGGGAUCCUAGAGUCUAUGAUACUGCUAGAUAGUCAUAGUUUAUAUCAGAGUAUACAUACAUGUAGACAUACCUGUAUUUUACAAAGAUGUUGAAUUUAUAUGUGAUGAAUUUUGUUAUCCUCAGAUUCCUCAUUAAGGUUUGAAUGAUGUAGAAUUACAUUUUCUUGCACAUAAAUUAAUAUUUUGUUUAUGCCUGAUGAGGCCAAGUUUUUUGCUAAGUGGUUUAUACAAAAUGAUUGUCAAUAAUGUUUUGGCAUUGUACAAAUUUCACUGCACUUUAUGACAUCAUUUAUCAGGUAUGUGUUAUAUUUGUGGAAGGUUACCAUUUAUGUUGAGGUGUGCGGAACUUACAAUGCAAGAUAUGAAUUAUACUUUAUAAGGUUUAUACAUGCACUGUAUGGUGGUCAAUUUGCAAUUACACACCAAUCAGGGUUUGAUUUUUAACAAAAAAAAUUAUCAGUGUAAUCCUGAGAAAAAACACUUCCCAUCUGCAUAUAAAUUAGAUUUUUGUUUUAAUCAUUGAGAAUAAAUAGAUUCUUAUUGUAUGCCCUAUCUUUGAACAUGCACUUUUAUUUUGAUUAGUUGUUUUAAUUAGAACAACAGUUGAUAAAUUUUAUUGGUUGAUUUUUUUGUGUGGUUAAGCCUUGUACAUCUUUAUUUUGAAGUUAAGUUGUGUUAGCAGUGUCACGUUGUAACAGAGACAAUGUGAUAUUUAAUUAAUUAAGUUGAUCACAAGCAAUUAACAUUUGAAUAUGUUUACUUUAAAAUAAAAGUGAAACAGACUUAUGUAUUGGUUUUGUAUAUGGUCAAUUCAGUUUGGUUAUAUUAUGGUGCUUCGAUAUUUUGUUAAUUAAUUCUGCUGUGAAUUGUUUAUUUUCAAUUCUUGUCCCCUGUUGUGAAGGAUGAAGUCAUUUUGGUUUAUUGGAUUAAGAGUGACUUCUUAUGUCAACCUUAUUGAGUUACGAUUCAAGUUUUCUAUUACCCAAUUUCACAAGUAAGCGUUAAUGCUAGAAACAAAUCAGCCAGUGGAGGCUGCAACAUAAAGCCAUUCAUAAAGUACAAAUGACAUAACAAACAAACACUAUUAAGUUCCUUAACGUGAACCCAUCAUUUCUCUUGGCAGUUAAACUUCAUAUUGUAUUAUGGGAACUUCAAUUUACGAUAUAACAUUAAUGUAUGUUAGGUAGUCAUUUUCAUUCCAGCUGGCAUAGUGGUUGAAUAUUCUAAGCACCACCUCUCCCACUCCUGAACAAUGAUUCUAGUAUGCUGAGAAAGCAAGUUGAGAUUUAUAUUUUUUUUAAAGUUCAUUGAUUGAUAUGGAUUCUUUCUUGUCUUGCUAAUCUAUGUUGAAUGAAAGCUUAAUUCACAUAAAGUAGUGAUGAAUAACUCAUGAUUCUGUUUUCAUUGUAGCAUCAUUUCAAUUUAAACCAAUAUUAAUGCGUAUCUCUGUUUGUUCUUUAUUGUUUUAUUUGAAAGUUGGUAAAAUUAGGAGGUAAAGUUUCUGUUACUGAAAUUGAAUGCUUAGUCAAGAAUGUAAUACACUAGCCUUGUAUUCCAAUAAGCUUUGUGUAGAUUUCUAUCUCAUUUAAUAGCAUAAUCCAUGUUAUUUGUGAAAUAUGGUAUACUUUUUUGUUGAUAGUGUCCUCUUAUUUCUGAGUUUUUAGUUUAUUGAUGUAGGGGAGGUAUAUUAUGCUCCAUGCCAUUGUAAGAGCAAUAAAUAUUGUGUGAGUGCACCCAAGUCUUCCAUA